UCUUACUGACCCCAAAUAUUUAACCAGUAGAUAUGUUAUUGUACCACUGUUUACUUUAAAUUCAGGAAGUCUCUGUGACUUUUGAAAAACCACAAAAGAAAAGCAGCCUGAAUGAUUCAUGGAUUGGAUCUACCACUGCAAUUUGAAACUGGUAAAUUUGGACCACUUAAUACAAAUUACAUACACUGCUUUUCCAAAUAAAGAUUAAAGAAAGCCAAGCUUAGUCACUGUAAUGCACUUUAGUGUAUUAUUUGAUUCUCCAGGACAAGAACUUUAAAAAAGAAAGAGAAAAGUCUAUUAAAAUCCACAAAACAUACUUUGUGUUAUUGUGAUUCUUUCGUAUACAGUAUAAGGUUUCGAUAAUAGUGAGUAAUAAGCAGAUCUUGAGGAGUAACAGGUGUAUGUGGCUUUCACACCCAGGCCAUUAAUUCCUUUUUAUUAGCUUCAUAAAACCAUAAUUACUACGGGGCUCAAAGCUUAUUUUACCGGUAUGGUAAGAACAACUCUUAGUUAAGUCUUUUCCUGCUUUACACAUAUAGCCUAAUUUACUGAAGCAUUUGAGCACUAACUAAACACUUUCAGCUGGAGUGCAAAGAAGACAGCAUAUCUUUGAGAGGGGAAUCUGACACGCUCCAAUUACCCAACAUGUCACUUCACUUGCAUUUGCAAAGAUCUCACCAUUUAUCAAAGACUCGCCCUCAAGGCAAAUGAAAGGAACAUCUGGAUUUCAAGAGUGUUUAACCUAGCAGCUGGCGAGACCUCGUGAGAUUAUGUGUAUUUCCCUGCACAAUGACUCAUGAUAAAGACGUAUGCGUUCAAUGAAAGCCGCUGAUGACCCACCUUUACCUUCGUCUGCAUUGCAAGAGUGAUUUACAAUACUGGGAGUCUAGCCAAGAUAUACACAAUAUGUGCAGAACAUGCUCAAAAGAUCAUUGUCUAGGGAAAGACAGUCUUCUAAAAGCAAACCUGACUGCCCACUAAGACCUGGAAGAGCUCUUUGUAUCCAGGGAGGUUUAUAAUUAUACACCAUUUAAAAAAAGAAACAGCCUCUAGAGGCAUAUCUGUGGACUGGCUGUCGACAACGUCCCUGACCAAGGAGAGAAGAGCAGGCAAUCUGAGAACGAGGGAAAAAAAGGGCCACCGGCUGCAAAAUGUAUGUUCACAAAAGGAGGGGAGAUUUUAGAGGCUUUUAGAAAGUAACAUUUUGGUGUUUUGGAGAGCUAUUAUGGAAGCUAACCUCACUGAAUUGCUCUCGGCUCUGGCAUCGCACGUUUUCUUUCCCACACCUGAGCUGUAAACACAUUUGCCACAACAGUCAAGGAAUCCUAAGUGGAAUGAUAUUCCAUAAAAAGCCCUCAGUAUUCAUUUUAAUGAUGUUAAGAGCUGAAGUGGAGUGUCAGUGUGCUCUCAGCCUCUUAGCAACAAGAAGAUUUCACGAGCAAUGGCCUCAGGUGGGCUCAGCUGGGCUUUCGGAGAAUGUAUCUAAACUGCAUGUCAGGCAGCAUGAUAAUAUCCAAUACCUUACUGCAAUUUUCAAAUAAAAACAUGUCCUUUUUUAAAUAUUUUUUUGGGCCAGGAUGUCCCUCAAGGAGCUGUGUGCCUAUGAAACACCAUCCGUUGCCGAAAUGCAGAACUUCUUGUUGGCUGACAGAUGGCCCACUGGACAUGUCAACCAAGUGUGGCCUAAUGUGUACAUUGGCAAUGAGAUUGCAGCACGAGACAAGUCAAUGUUGUAUAAUAUGAUCACACACAUUGUGAACGCUGCUAGUGGACCCCCUCAUGUCAACACUGGACCCCGCUUUUACAGAAUGGAUAUUGAUUACUAUGGAGUGGAGGCUGAUGAUUCCUCAGAUUUCAUCCUAAGUGUGUUUUUCUAUCCCACAGCAAGGUUUAUACGAGCUGAGUUGAGUUCUUCAGAAAGAGUUUUUGCCCAUUGUCUGAUGGGAGUGAGCUGCUCUGCCACCCUGGUGUUGGCCUUCCUCAUGAUCUGUGAGGAUCUUACACUAAUGGAGGCCAUUAAAGCUGUACGGCAACACAGGGACAUCUGUCCUAAUCUUGGCUUUCUUAACCAGCUUCGACAUCUUGACAUGAGCCUCGUCCGAGAGAGGAAGAAAAAACUGGAAGCUUACAAAUUGCGACUGAAAACUUUGGAACAAUGCGAUGAAUCCCAUUUUAAGAGCACACCCCUUAAGGGCCUUCUUCCCCAUGGCCCUAACCCAGUUCUAUUGGGCCAGAUCUUAUUUGCUAAUAUCCAUUGUAGUGCAAUAACAAAGCGGGUAUCAGAAGGCAAAAUUGAAGGGUUUCACCAUAAAUAGUAAAUAACCUCCAAAGGGCAGCAGGGUCGCAAAAUAAAUGGCAGGUUUUUAAAUUUCUUCCAGAUGAGAUAUACUUUGAACUUGUCUCGAAAUGAGCCAGCAAGCAUGUUUGGUUUUUUUACUGGAGCGGAAUGAAACGGUUGUGCUUGCUCUUUAUCAUGGGAAGGUGGAGGAGCCAUGCAUGGUUACAUGGCUUAAGGGUUGGUCCCCUGUAGUGAGUUUCUAAUGGGUAUCAUAUGCUUCAACAUAUUUAUGGUUUCUGGUC